CUCUGUACAGAAACCAAACCAAUCAAAACAGAACAAAAAAAGCUAGCUAUGGAAAACUUGAGCUUCCAUGUCUGUGUGUCAAUCUUAUUAGCAAGCAUUGUCAUAGUCCCAACCGAGUCCCUGAGGCCCCAGAAUAGACCGGCCUUGUUUGUCUUCGGUGACUCGCUCUUUGACUCAGGCAACAAUCAGUACAUCAAUGGCAUCAAACCAACGGCGCCCGAUUACUACCCAUAUGGUGAAACUUUCUUCAAACAUCCCACCGGCCGAGUCUCCGAUGGCCGAGUUGUCCCUGAUUUUAUUGCAUUGUUUGCAAAGCUACCUAUGUUGGGACCAUAUCUGGAGCCUGGAGAGCACAAUUUCACUGAUGGGAUCAACUUUGCAUCAGCCGGUUCAACUGUUCUUGGUGACUUACAGCCUGCAAUGCCGAUAAAUCUACAUGAGCAGCUAAAUUAUUUCAAGAAUGUAGAGAAGUGGUUGAAGCAAAAGCUAGGAGAUGUAGAGGCCAAGAAAUUUCUCAUGAGAGCUGUAUAUUUGUUCAGCAUGGGUGGCAAUGAUUACUUCAGGCUCUACUCCAUGAACCCCAAUGCCACUCUAUCCUAUCAGAGACACUACUCACAAAUGGUGAUUGGCAACUUGACACAAGUCCUCGAAGAAAUAUAUGCCAUGGGAGGAAGGAAAAUUGCAUUUCAGAAUGUAGGGCCUUUGGGCUGCACACCGGGAGCAAAACCGCAGAAUGCGAAUCUUGGUGGCAGCUGUGCUGAAUUUCCCAUGGCACUAGCACGACGACACAACAGAAUGCUGUUGGUUGUCCUCAAGAAAUUAGAGAGCCAGUUGCCAGGAUUCAAAUAUUCGAUAUUUGAUUACUACAAUGCGCUUCAUGACAGAAUCAUCAACCCAUCAAAAUACGGUUUUAAGGAAGGAGAGGCAGCAUGCUGUGGAAUUGGAACAUAUAGGUCAAGUGGGUGUGGAGGAAACAAUGGGACAACCGAAUAUGAGCUAUGUAGUAACCCUUUUGAGUAUGUGUGGUUUGAUUCAGCUCAUACCACCGAAGGAGCUAACUGGCAAUUGGCAAAACUAUUGUGGGGUGGGAGUCCUAAAGUCACAGGGCCAUACAAUGUGAAACAACUAUUUGAAUUUCUAUGAUUGUAAAUUUUGUAGCACUCAUGUAUUCUCUAGAGAUCUAUGAUUAGGUAGUUAAAUAUGUUGUAAUCUUCAGUUCUAAUAUAAUUCCAUUUCGUAUGUGUUCAUAUUUAUAA